AUGCACUCAGGCAACAAAGAAACAGACAACGACUUGGAACAGAAAGGUGCCAAUGGCGACAUUGCCAUAACAUCGGAGGAGUAUAUCGACUAUACCGAUGAUGAAAUGAAAAAGCUCCUCCGCAAGAUCGACUGGCGGCUGAUGCCCUUCCUGUGGGGUUAUGCGGUCCUGUCAGCCGUCGAUGAGUAUAGCUGGGUCGGAUCCAUUUUUUAUUUUGGAUACCUCGUUGCCCAGUUUCCUUCGGUGAAGCUCAUGUCUCAUUUCCCCCUCGGCAAAUUUCUUGCUGUCACUGCUUUCGGAUGGGCGGCUACGACACUUCUCAUGGCCGUGACUCAUAAUGCUGCCGGCCUCAUGGCUCUACGUUUUCUCAUGGGUGCCCUCGAGGCCCCUGCCCUGCCGGGCUUGACCCUCGCUACCACCAUGUGGUAUCGGAUCCGCGAGCAGCCCAUGCGCGUUGCUAUAUGGAGCUCUAUAGUUGCCUCCGUCUACGUCGGACUUAUCUCCUACGGUCUCGGCAAUAUUUUCAAAUGGUACCAGGUCAAGGAGGCCCUCAUCGACUGGAAGUCGUGGGUCAUCUGCCUCUUCUUCCUGUGUAUGAACAUGUCCAAUGGCGGCCUUAACACCUUCUCGGCCCAAAUAGUUUCUGGCUUUAGCUUCAGCCGUCUGAACACGAUGCUUCUUGGCAUGCCCACGGGUGGCGGCCUACUCAUAGCGUACUACUUCUUUUACUUCUUCUGGGGCCCUUAUGCUAUCGCGCUUAGUCUACCCAUGGCUAAUACUAGCGGCCACACGAAGAAGAUCACGGUCAAUGCUAUGGUCUUCCUCGCCUACUGUGUGGCUAAUAUUCUCGCCCCUCAGACUUUCCGAGCCAGCGAGGCCCCAGGAUACGCGAGCGGAUACAACAGUAUCUUGGGCUUUGAAACCAGUGCUAUGGCCUUGAUGGCAGUAUACUAUUGCGGAGUGAAGUGGGAGAACAAGAGGCGAGAUAAGGAGUUGGAGAGGAUUAUGCUAUUGACCUCGCUAUGGAGGAGAGUAUGGAUGACUUGA